CCUCGCUUGAACCGCCUGUUCUGCACAUUCUUGUAUUUAAUCCCUCAUGUUUUGUUGCUCGUAUUAUAUUUUGUUAAGGAGAUGGGAACAACAUACUCGAGCUCAGCUCCUACAAAACUGCUUCCGCUAAACCCUAUGCAAGAUGACUGAUGUGAUUAGCCUGCUCACGUUCCCAGAGACCUCCAAGGCAUUCACCGCCUACCGGUCCACAGUAGUCGACAUUGACGAUCGGUCGGCAUCUCAUCCACACAAAACCCCACGCUUGGACGCCGACUCUGACUCUGCUUCUGCUUCUAGGUCGCGCGAUUAUCUCAAAGGUAAGAAUGUCAACAGAGCUGGCCCGACUAAGAUCCAGGUGCAUGGAUUUGCAGGUGGUGCGGUCGGGUCUGCGCUGAGCAAUGUUUAUGAUAGCUUGUUUGCACGGCUGAGGGGCAGUAUUGGGGAGUUGUUGACCAAGGGAUAUGACGAGCUUCAUAUGACGUAUGAGGGUGUUUACACUGCGUGCCGAGGAGAUAUACAGCUCGCUCCCGCUCCACUCUGUUUGUCUCCGCCGUCAAAACUGAUGGAGCUAUGCCCCAAACUUCACUCAGGGUGGCUUAGAGGGGGGAGGAGGAGGUCUAUAGCUCGCUCCCGCUCCACUGCGUUCGUCUCCCGGGUCAAAACUGCUCGACUUAUGCCAGACUUCACUCGGGGUGGCUUAGGGGGGGAGGAAAAGAUUCAUAGCUCGCUCCCGCUCCACUCUGUUUGCCUCCGCCGUCAAAACUGAUGGAGCUAUGCCCCAAAACAUCGCUCUAGGUGGCUUAGGGGGGAGGAGGAGGUUAUCCACCCAUAACUUUUUUUCUUCACACUUUCUGACCUCAAACUUUUGUCAUUCUAUUCUAUAGGCUUAUAGCUCGCUCCCGCUCC